AUGCUCGCCUUUUCCUUGGAUUUGAUGGAAUCUCUAGACACAUCCACCUCUGACUACCGAUUUGUCCGAACCCAUGACACCACCGUGGGACCACUCCUCAAGUUCAUUGGCACCCGUCCAUCCUACGAUCAAUCCAAAUUCCAACAUGUCCCGAUUUCCAAGGAAUCCUUGAUUCUGAUCCAUGGAUUAGUUGUUCAUAAGAGUGAAGCCAACACUUCGGAUAAGUCACGUCAUGCCUAUACGGUACAUGGAGAGGAAGAAUACAAAGUGGAGUGA